UUGUUUUGCUGUCGUGUGCUUCUACAGAGCUAGAGAUGUGUUUACACGCUGCCGGUGAAAGUAUAUAAAUUCCAAAAGAUUGUUUUCAGGAACGAAGUCAUUGUUGUCUUGAUGAACUUGUCGAAAUGAUUAAUUUCAACCGAUUUUUCUCAUCGUUACCGUUGCUUUUGGCGACGCUUGCUGUGCAGUAUGAAGAGGGGAGAGCAGAGUCAAACUCAGAGAGACUUCUGAAAUUUGGCAAUUCAUUGUUGGCCCAGGGACAACUAGCGGAUGCACUUGCACAGUUCACCUCAGCCAUUGAGAAAGAUCCUGAUAACUACAUGGCGUACUACAAAAGAGCUACAGUCUACCUUGCCCAAGGAAGAUCAAAGGCAGCUUUACCUGAUCUCAAAAAAACUAUGAAACUGAAACCAGACUUUACAUCAGCGUUUAUUCACCAUGGUAACAUUCUUCUUAAGCUUGGCAGAAUGGAUGAAGCAAAGAAAGAUUAUAUUGAAGCGUUAAGACAAGACCCUGGGAACAAAGAAGCGAAGGAAAAUCUUAAUGUCAUCCCUCAGUUGAAGCAACGGUUGAAGGAUGCAGAGAGCUUGGUGAAAGCAGAACGCUAUGAAGAGGCUGUGGACUACUACUCAUCUAUUGUUUCUUAUGUACCUUGGAAUGUUGGGUUCAGACAGUUGAGAGCUGAUGCAUACGUUAUGUAUGGUAAUUACUACAAAGCUAUUGAUGACUACAGAGCUAUAACCAAGCUAAAACCAGACAGUACUGAGGAAUAUUUUCAGAUGAGCCAUCUAUUCUAUAUCUUAGGAGACUUAGAGGAAUCCCUCAGUUCCAUACGGGAGUGCUUGAAGCUGGAUCAGGAUCACAAAGAUUGUUACGCUCAUUACAAAAAAGUCAAGAAGCUUGACAGACAGUACACACAAGGUCAAAACUUGAUCAAUGAAGAGAGAUAUGAUGAAGCAAUCCAAAGAUAUCAUCAAACGAUGGAAACAGAACCUGAAGAUGCUUAUGUGUACCACUCAAGAAGUAAGGCAAAAAUAUGCCAUUGCUAUACCAAGAUGCAAAACACAGCACAAGCUUAUAAAAUCUGUAAUGAGGUCUUAGAACGAGAGAGUGAUAAUGUUGAUGUUUUACUUGACAGAGGAGAGGCAUAUCUUCUCGAUGAAAUGUAUGACAAAGCUUUGGAAGAUUUUAGGAGAGCAAACGAGCUUGAGGAUAGCCAAAGAACACAAGAUGGUCUCAAUAAAGCACAGAAAUUACUGAAGCAAUCACAGAAAAGAGACUAUUACAAGAUAUUAGGAGUUAAAAGAACUGCAAAAAAGAGAGAAAUUCUGAAAGCUUAUAGGAAGCUAGCGCAGCAGUGGCAUCCAGAUAAACACGAAGAUGGAGUAGCCAAAGAAAAAGCAUCCAAAAUGUUUAUGGAUAUAGCAGCAGCUAAAGAAGUACUAACAGAUCCAGAGAAACGUCAGCAAUUUGAUCAAGGGGAGGAUCCCUUAGAUCCAGAGGAGCAACAGAAGAGAAAUCAACAUUGGGGGAAUCCAUUUGGAGGUGGAUUCAAUCCUUUUGGAAGUGGAGGAGGUGGUUUUAAUUUCAAAUUUCACUUUCCAUGAGUGAAAAUUUAGGUUUAGUAUAAAUAAUUGCUCAGGGGCUGGUUGAAAUGAACACUGAUUGACACUAAUGCACCACUGCUCCUUAUUGUUCCGUCUUCAAUAUUUGGUCAUCACCCUGAUCUGCCCACCUUCACAAAUAUCUUUGUACGUCAAAGCAAGGUGUUUUUGUGUGAUGGUCCAUUUUAUAUUGACCACCUGUAGUUAUUUAUAGGUUAUAAAGAAGUACACAUUGAGAUUGGAAUCAAGACCUAAGUACAUGUACCUUCUGGGGUCGGUGAAUUCAAUACUUGGUGGGUGAAAUAAACAUAAAACUCCUAGGCUGAUUGAUGGAUGAUGUGAGCGUCCAUGUACAUUUCAUAUCAGACUGAUGGAAAUUCCACUUUCCUGGUAUUAAAUGUACACAUGGCAGCUUGUUUCACUGGUCAAAGUGAAAAAAAGAAUUUUUGUUUUUAAUAAUGUGAUACUCUUGGAAGUGGGCAAAACAGUCCAAGCAAGAUAAGCUAUUUUCAUACUUUUUCAUUUCUUUGUUUGGUAUUCAAAGUCAUUAAUGUCAUGGUUUCUUUGUUAUAAAGAUUUUUACUAAGGUCAUUCAAAUACUUUACUGAUGAAUUUUGGUCAUUGUUAAAUUCGAAACUUGCAUAAGAAAAUGAGUGCCUUUUAAUUUAAACUUUAGUUUGAGUCAUUGUAAACCUAAAUGUUGGGUUUGUAUUCGACUAUACAAAUGAAGAUAGAAGUAAUGGGUGCCCAGACAGAAAUCUACACCACAUGUUGGUUACCACCUGUUGGCAUCAUUUUGUGGUUUCUAUAGGAAUCUGAGUUGGCUGUAACAAAGAUCGAAUAGAGACAAAGGUUUGCAACAUCAGCGUUAGACUGCAGUUGCGAUUAAGGGCAGUUAAAAUUCCAGGACCGAAACCCAACUGUGUUCAUUUUUUUUUUAAUUUGGUUUUUUUUGGGGGGGGGUAAUCUUGUCAGACAAAUGUUCAUUGGAAUGAGGUCCAGUGACACCACGAUCUGGCUUGCGUCAAAGUCAUGCUUUACUGUUCAAAGUUGAUGUAUGACUUGUCAUUUUUUGGCAAUUAUCACUUGUGUAUUUCAUCUCUUAGAUUAUUCGUCGUCAGUGAAAUCGCCAGCCGUCAAUGUCUUUGAUAUGCAGAUUGUGUUGGUAUUUUACUUGCGAACCUUAAUUGUGGGAACACCAUAAUCUUAGUCUAAAUAGAACCUGGCCGAUUUUUGCCACAGCAUUUUUUUUUUUUUUUGCUUACUUUUCAGAACAGCAUCGAGUACCACAAAUAAGGAUUAUCCUUUAAGUUUUCAUUGUUCUGGGUUGAGAAAAAAGUAGUUUUUCCUCCUUGUUUAAAGAUACAUUUGGAAGUAUUUCAACAACAAAUAAAAACAUUAAAAUUUCAUCACUCUAAAACUUGGUAUUUGACACUUUGAAGAAAAUAAAAUGCAAUAAACUUUUUUUGACUUUAUCAAAAUGUAAA